CUAAAACAGUGUCAGUGCUGCCUGUGUUCUCAUCAUUUCUCAUGUAGAUGCUGGUGAUGAGCCUCGUUAGUUGAUGGCAUUGAUGCGAUGACAUCACUCAGAAUGGCUCAUCCUCUGAUAUUUCUGCUCAUGAUUGUGGGAGCUUUUGGAACAAAGUGGAGUGUGAAGUACAACCAACAGGAAAUAUGUGCUUUAAAAGGAUCCACAGUGUUUAUGAAUGGAACUUAUACUCACCCAGAAGGUCUUACAGUGAGAGAGACUUUUUGGACUAUAGACUCAAAUCAGACGCCUGAUCUGUCUAAAAACCCAGAUUAUUCAGGCAGAGUCGAGUAUUUCACUGAUGAACAGAAACACUUCUCCCUCAAACUGAGUGAUGUAAUGGAGAAGGAUGAACAUCAGUACUGUUUCAGAAUCAAAACAAAUGUCGAUAAAGAAAAAUGGCUGGGUAAACCUGGAGUUAAUCUCAGAAUUACAGACCUUCAUGUAGAAGCUCCUGAAGAAGUGACAGAGGGAGAAACAGCAGUUCUGACAUGUAAAACCACCUGCAGUCUGACUGACCCAACAUUCAUCUGGUACAAAAAUGGACAUCCUUUAACCACAAAGACCAUCAAGAACAACCAGCUCCACCUGCAGACAGUCAGCAGUGAGGAUGCAGGCAGUUAUAGCUGUGCUGUAAGAGGAUAUCAACACCUCCACUCUACUGCUCACAACCUCACAGUCAGAUAUCCUCCAAAGAAUGUCUCAGUGUCCAUCAGCCCCUCUGGAGGUGUGCUGGUGGGCUUUUCAGUGGAUCUGAGCUGCAGCAGUGAUGCAAACCCACCUGUGAAGAACUACUCCUGGUUUAAAGAAGGUGGAACUCCACCUGUAGGGUCAGGCCACAGUUACAGUCCUCUACAGAGUGGAUCUUACUACUGUGAGGCUCAGAAUGAACAUGGAGCUCAGAGAUCAGAUCUGAUGCCAGUCAAUUUAAAUGCUGCUGGAGUCGGACUUUGUGGGGUUGCAGUUUUUCUCACAGUAUUUUUCUGGAAAAGAAGGAAGAGGCAAACGAGAAAUAUGAAUGCGUCAAACUGUCUGAACACAGGCCUCAGUGCCCCGCCUCCUGAUGAUGACUCAUCCAGUGCUCAAGACUACGAGAAUGUAAUGCAAGUUGGCCUUAGAGCCCCGCCUCCUGAUGACGACUCAUCCAGUGCUCAUGACUACGAGAAUAUGACUAAAGCAGGUCUCAGAGCCUCACCUCCUGAUAAUGACUCAGCCAGUCUUCAUGACUAUGUCAAUGUGCCAUUUCUCAGCACAGAGAAACAGCGCCCUCCUCCUCUCAAUUGCAAACUGCAGACAGACACAGUCACACUAGUGAUGACAUCAAACCCCAUGGCCACUUAA